UUUAGUUCCAUGGAUUCUCUUUAUCUUUUUCUCCAUUUUUCCCAUUUCUUCCUACUUUUCUUGAUUUAGUAUUCUUCCUCGUGGUUUUUUGAGUGGUUUGGCCACAACCCCAUUUAUAUUUCAGAGCCAGCUGGUGAGCGGUGGUCAAUAUAAUCUUUAUUAGUGUGAUUAUAGGUGAAAUAAUUAAUUCUUGAUUACAUAAAACAGAACCAGUUUUCAAAAAUCUUAAGUAGAUGGAAAAUUAUUCGGGACUUGUUAAGGAGGAUGAUCAACAGAUGGAAUUACCUCCUGGGUUUCGAUUUCAUCCAACUGAUGAAGAAUUGAUUACUCAUUAUUUGUCUAACAAAGUUGUGGAUAGCAAUUUCUUUGCUAUUGCUAUUGGAGAAGUUGACUUGAACAAGAUUGAACCUUGGGACCUCCCAUGGAAGGCAAAAAUGGGGGAAAAAGAAUGGUAUUUUUUCUGUGUGAGAGACAAGAAGUACCCAACAGGGUUGAGAACAAACAGGGCAACAGCUGCAGGUUAUUGGAAAGCAACUGGAAAAGACAGGGAGAUUUUCAGAGGAAAAUCUCUUGUUGGGAUGAAGAAAACUCUGGUUUUUUACAAAGGGAGAGCUCCAAAAGGUGAAAAGACAAAUUGGGUCAUUCAUGAAUAUAGACUUGAGGGAAGAUUGUCUCUUCAAAAUCUCCCCAAGACAGCAAAGAAUGAAUGGGUCAUUUGCAGAGUAUUUCAAAAGAGCUGUGGUGGGAAGAAAAUCCAUAUUUCAGGACUAGUGAAGCUGAAUUCCGAUGAAAAUGAAAUGGCGAAUAGUAAUUUUCUGCCACCAUUGACAGACUCUUCUCCUUAUAUUGGCAAGAUCAAACCUGCUGCUUCCCAAUCCAGCCACGUGCACUGCUUCUCCAAUUUUUUUACUGCUCAAAAGAGCCAAGAAAACAUGAUCAAUUAUUUCAACAAUUCUCCUAAUUUCUCUGCUCUCUCAAAUCCAAUGAAUGAUAUUCCCAUAAGUACAUUUUCUUGUAACCAAAUAUUCCCAGUUCAGAAUUAUACUCAAAAUUUUAAGAAAGAGGAGAUAGUUAGUUUAUCUCAAGAAACAAAGCUAAGCACUGACAUGAAUAAUGAAAUUUCCUCAAUUGUGUCAAAUCUUGAACUGGGAAAGAGAUUACUUGAAGAUCAGAGUCUUGAUUGCCUUUGGAGUUACUGAAAUAAGCAAAAAUCAGAAGAAAGAGCAGAGAAGAGGCAGAACUAGUAGUAGUUAUUAUGGUGUGGAAUUAAUUUUAUGUGCAUGGAUUUCUGAUUUCUUAAGUUGCAUUGAAGGCCGAUGUCCGAAUCAUAUCGAUAUAAAGGAUGCACUGAUAGUGUAAAAAUUUAUUUAUACUGGCUUGAAUCCGUUGCACGAAAACAAUGUUAUGUUUUGAA